AUGGCUUGGGCGUGGUCAACAUUAUUGUUCAGGAUAGAUGUCAUCUUUACAUCUGGAUUCCCGAUAUUCUUCUGGAAUCGACCAAGAUGGAGUACAAAUGAGAUACCGGAUCAGACUGGCAGGGUUGUCCUCGUCACCGGCGGCAAUUCCGGGACGGGUUACGCAACGUGUAAAGCUCUUUAUGAGAAGGGAGCAACCGUUUACCUAGCUUGUCGGAGUCCAGAGAGAGCGGAGGAAGCUAUACAAGACAUCAAGAGGGGUGUGACUUAUAAAUUGACUGGGAAGGUGUAUCCGGAAAACGCGGAGCGGACUGAGGAGAAGAGGAAAGGCACGGGAUCUCUCGUCUUCAUGGAGUUGGACCUUGCGGACUUGUCGAGCAUUAAGCGGUUCGUGGAAGAGUUCAAGCAGAAAGAACAGCGGCUCGAUGUCCUCUUUGCCAAUGCGGGUGUCAUGGCGUCUCCAGAGGGCAUGCGAACCCAGCAGGGCUACACCCUUCAGUUCGGGACAAAUUGUCUCGGACAUCAAUACCUCAUCUCUCUUCUUCUGCCAUUACUACAAUACACUUCCAGUUCAAAUCCUCAAGCACUCAGCCGUGUCAUUCUGGUCUCCUCAGCAGGUCAUGGAAUGGCUCCAAGGGGCGGCUUCAAACCUGAGAGCGUGAUGCCAGACUAUCCUCAAGGCGGGCCAUCAUGGCGAGAUAGCACAUACGGAUCUCUAGACAAUGGAUCAGAAAAUGAUGGAGAGCCGCGUAGAGGGAAGCACGAGCUCCAGCGUUGGCUAGAGUACGGCCAGAGUAAAUGGGGCGGCGUCGCGCUCGCUAGGUGGCUGCAUUGGACCUAUGGACCGGUGGAAGGGAGGGAAAAGCCAGAAGUGCUUAUGUUGUAUCAAUCAGGCAUGGUAGCUACCAACCUUGCGCAGCAUAUUUCCUUGACACCGUACAUUGUACGAUUCGCUCCCUGGGCGGUGGGUCUGAUAACACGUCCACCGAGUGAUGGAGCUUUGAACCAAAUUUGGGCUGGGACUUGUCCAGAGCAGACGGCCAGGAACCUGAGUGGGCAAUACUUGGUCCCUUUCCUUAAGGUCGGCAGAGCAAGACCAGAUCUGGACGAUCUCGAACGUGUCAAAUGCGUUUGGGAUUGGUGUUCCGAGCAGACCGAGGGCUUCUGA